AUGGCCUCCGAUGUCUCAGCGCAGGUCGUUUCAGCCGUCGCCCGGGCCUUGUUCUCGCGCGCCGACGCUGGCACCAGCACCAGCACUACCAACAAGACCGGUGCCCCUCCCCAGGCCGGCAUCCUUGAGGGCGCCAACCCCAUUGUCUACAAUGGCUCAAACCCAAUCACCUUGUUUAUCGUCCAGGCAAGCUGCUACCCCCUCCGAGUGCGAGGCUCCUCUGUGCCGGUUGUUGGCCGCUCACUGCUGCCGGGUUUCACUGCGCAAUGCAAGCCCCACGCCACUAUCGUCAUCAUCUUCUGCCAGCUUUUGCACUAUCCUCUUCGACUCCUCAACCAGCCCCGCGUCAUUGCCGAGGUGAUUGGUGGCAUCAUACUCGGACCUUCAGUCAUGAUGAGGAUCCCUGGAUUCAGAGAUACCAUUUUCCCGCCCUUGUCCAUCCCCGUAUUUAGCAAUGUCGCAAAUCUGGGCCUUCUCAUCUUCCUGUUCCUGGUUGCUCUCGAGGUUGACAUGCGCAUGCUCACCCACAACUGGAAAGCUGCACUGAGCGUCGGCUUAGCGGGCAUGAUCCUUCCCUUUGGCCUGGGCUUUGCUGUCGCGUGGGGGUUGUAUCACCAGUUUCACGACCCUACCAACCCCGUCGUGAUCAGCUUUGGCGUCUUCGGCUUGUUCAUCGGGACUGCGUUGGCCAUCACCGCCUUCCCCGUGCUCUGCCGCAUUCUGACCGAGUUGAACCUGCUUCGUUCCGACGUCGGCGUGACAGUCCUGGCUGCCGGCAUCGGGAACGACGUGACUGGCUGGGUCCUCCUCGCCCUCUGCGUUGCCUUGGUCAACAACUCGAACGGCCUGGCUGCGCUCUGGGCAUUGCUCGCCGCCAUUGGAUGGACGCUAUUCCUGAUCUUUGGCGUCCGGCCCCCUUUCAUCUGGAUACUGAAGCGUACUGGGAGUAUCAAGAAUGGCCCGACGCAGGGCAUGGUCGCGCUGACCCUGCUGAUGGUUCUGGCGUCUUCCUUUUUCACCGGAAUCAUUGGCAUUCAUCCAAUCUUUGGAGCCUUCUUGGUCGGGCUUAUCUGCCCUCACGAUGGCGGGUUUGCCAUAAAAAUGACCGAAAAGAUUGAGGAUCUUAUAUCCGUGCUGUUUCUGCCGCUUUACUUUGCCCUCUCGGGCUUAAGCACGGAUCUGGGUCUUUUGAACGAUGGCAUCACGUGGGCCUAUGUCAUCGCCAUCAUUGCGUGCGCCUUUGCUGGCAAGAUCAUUGGCGGAACUCUGGCAGCGCGAGCGAACAAGCUCCUGUGGCGAGAGAGCAUCACCAUUGGCUGCCUCAUGAGCUGCAAGGGACUCGUCGAGCUCAUUGUCCUUAAUAUUGGCCUACAAGCCCACAUAUUAUCACAGCAGACGUUCACCAUGUUUGUUGUCAUGGCCUUGGUCACCACGGUAGCGACCACCCCUCUUACAAAGGCCUUUUACCCUCCGUGGUACCAGAAGAAGGUCGAGAGGUGGAGAAGGGGCGAGAUUGACUGGGACGAGAAUCCGCUUGAGCCCCCUGGCUCCAGCGAAGGCGAUCAUAUCAGCAAGCUCAAUAUCUCUCAAGUUCGACGCCUCAUGGUCCACCUACGUCUUGACAGCCUUUCAAGCGUCUUCACGUUCGUCGCUUUGUUCGGGCCGGAAAAUCAUGCCAAGGCAGCCCGGUUAGAGGGAGCCUCCGAAGGCGCCGAGGACACUGAGGCGCAGGUCAGGAGGAAACCCCUAGAAGUUCACGGGCUACGCGUCAUCGAACUCACGGAGCGUACAUCGACGGUGAUGCACGUAACCGAGUUUGAGGAGGUUUUUUCGCUCCGCGACCCUGUCGUGAAUGCCUUCCGUGCCUUCUCUCAGCUGCACGAUGUGGCUGUCUCGGGCCGCGUCGCAGUCGCCCAAGUGGACGCUUAUGCAGAUACCCUGAUGGCCCAGGCCUCGGAGGUCUCUUCGGAUUUUGCGCUCAUCCCCUGGGGCGAGUAUGGCAGCGUCACGGAUGACGACCAAUCCGCGCCCUUCGCCGUGGAUGCUAGCGACCGCUUCAGAUCAAACGCGCACCUUGAUUUCAUCCACCAGACACUGCAAAAAGCGAUAACGACGUGCAAUACGGGCAUCUUUAUCGACAACGGCUUCGGCGGCAUCAUCAAGCCCGCCGAUAAGCCGCUGCUUGCCCGAACCAAGAGCGCCAUGUCUUUGCGCAGCCACCGCGAGCUCGCCUCCCUACCUGUCGCGGACAAGAGCCACCACAUAUUCUUCCCCUUCUUUGGCGGUGCUGAUGACCGCGUUGCGCUGCGCAUCGUCCUGCAGCUAGCCAAGAACUCUCACGUGACAGCCUCCAUCGUCCAUAUUAGAUGGCCAGCAGCCGAGGGACCCGAAGCGGCCGUUGCAGAGACUGAGGCGGCCAGCCCAUCCAGGACAAAGAGAUCCUUGUCCAUCUUUGGAAAGGGCAAGAAAUCGGACGGCAACGGUACCAAUGCCGCCCACGAAGAUGCAUUCCUGUCGAGCUUGGAGAGCUCUUUACCCGAUGAGCUUGCCGGGCGCGUCGUCUUCAGCAAGACGGAUGUGACGCCUGCCACGGCACUGGCGGAAACGGUGGCCAUAUCGAAGAAGACGGUUGGCCAGACGCCCAAGAAUGCGGGCGAUAUUGUCGUCCUGGGGCGGCGACACCCGGGCCUCGACGACUCGACGGCCGAGGCGACCAGCUCUGGGAGCCCCGAUCUCACGCGGACCGUGGGUGCCAUUGCCGACCAGCUGGUCACCUUUGGCGUCAAAGCGAGCAUCUUAGUGGUCCAGGCCGGCGGCCGGGGGCUAGAAGCUUGA